ACUGGAUAAGCAGUUCCUGUAUUAUCAUUGCUAUUCGGGAUGCUUGGGACGUCCAAACGCUGACGUUACACCAUUAAAGUUUACAUUUGAAAUGGUUAUGAUACUUCUUUUUACAGAUCAAUGUUAAGAAAUCAUGUCAGUACAAUUUCUGGUAAAGGACACCGAUAAUUUGCUGUUUUUGACGUCCAACUCAUCCAACCGACAGUCAUUGCAUUAAAAAUACAUCUAAACCCUGUGACGGUUUCGUAUGGCCUGUCUGAUCUUGGCAGCGUGAUAAAGUUCGAUAUUAAACAGCAGCAGGUCAGAGCAGCUGGGAUCAAAUCCUAUUUUCCUACAGCAGCAUCAGUGUGAAAGUACAAGUAUGAGUCAGGCAAGGACAAUGAGUUUGGAAGAGCAAAUCAGGAGCCUCUCACCAGUUGCAGCACAUGCCCUGGCAAUUGCUGAAAUUACAGAUGACAUUGACAUUCAAGAGUUAACAAGAGCAGAUCUGAACGAACUUCUGCCAAGCCUUCAACAUUUAAAACUUAGAAAGAAGAUCAGUGAACUUAUAAAUACAUCUAAACAGAACACAGCUAAACCUAUUACUUUAGUUCUUAACAAGCUAAGGGAAUUCCUUCCGGUUGAUGUCAUGGAGAAUGCACUUGUUCCCGGGGGAGUGUUACAUGGCUACUUCCCUAUUCUUAGAGAUUUGGAGAAGCAGCUGGCCGAAGCCCUCUACUUCAUUCAGGCACACGUUGGUUUGCUCAAGAGCUACAUUAGAGAAGAGUCCAUGGAGGCUCAGAGCAGUGCUGCAUCUCCAUCAGUUGACUCUGCUAUAGCAGGAAACCAGCCAUCAAAUGUUGAGGUCCAGAAAACAUCUGUUAAUCGCACCUCAGGAUCAUCAGCCUCAUGUGCCGCUGACAGCCAGCCCAAACAAUGCAGAACAGAAGUGUCUGGUGCGCCGAACAGACCCACCUUCAAAGAAACUCAAGAUGAGACCUCAAUGUCACACACUCAUACUUUAGGAGCAGCUGGUGCUGACACCCAUUUUCAAAAAAGUAUAACGGAUCCUUCUCAAAUUUCCCCUGGUAGUGGGCUGCCCGAGCCACGAUGCAAACAAGAGAAAUCAAGGUCUGCAGACCAUCUAGGAGCAGGAGAUAAGAUGUCCUCACCUUGGUGGCAUUUUGGAGCAACUGAACCUCUAAAUAAGAAACAAGCAGUUAAAGUCCAUUCACAAGUCUGUGGAAAAACCCUGAACACUCACCUUGCACUCAUGAAACAAGUGGAUGUUCUGGCAGUAGGACUAAAGCGAGAGGAGACCAGACCAGAAGACUGCCAAGUCAUAAUAGCCUUCUGUCCUAUUACAUCUCGUGUGGGAACAGACAUUGAUGCCGCCAUGAGCAAAGUUAAAAGUAACAAAGAUGUCAUUCUAGUGGUGAUGCACCAUACUUUUGAUCACUGCUUUGUCACAAGCCAGAGACCUGCAUCUCACUACAUAAACGUAGUGGAGGAAGUUAAUGUUCUCUUCCAUGACUCUAAGGGACUUCUGCCUUGUGAAACAAAUGAUAAAGCAGUGACUCUCAUACACAAGGCCUUACAGAAAUACAGCAGCACUACUUACAAACGUUAAGUGUCCCCUGGUGGCAACAAAGUAGUGUCUGAAGUUUAACACGCAAACAUGAUUUAAAAACCUCAUUCUACAUUCAAGGCGUUGGUAAUUCAUUCUAGUUCAGAAUAAAGCAUGUCAAUCUGUGUAGUCAACCAAAUGAAUGACUGUUGAUACUCAAGCAGGACUAAAUUAGAUGUCUCACUGUAGAACAGCUGUUGUAAGGGAAUCUUUGCAGUGGCUGACCUCCAAGCAUGCCCUCUUAACACUACCAAUCAUGUGGGAUGCCUCGUGUGAAUUUCAGCUUUUCCUUCUUUUGGUGUUGGGUGUACUUUAAAAAAAUGCUUGUCUGUCACUACUCAAUCAUAAGAGAUUGAAAAGUUGUAACUACAGUAUCAUUAAAUGAUAUUUAUUUUGCUUA